AAAUAUUUACAAAAUUCAAAAUUUCGAAUUUUCGAAUUUUCCUUCGUUUCCCUCCAAAGAUGGAAAAAUUAUGAUUUUGAAUCAUCAUUUUCAACUUUCAAGUAAAUGUUGAUUAAAAUUCACUGCAUUAGAUCAGGAAUCUGCUGAUAUUUUCAUUUGUUUCAAUGCGAAAACCUCAUGCCAAGACAGUACUUCUUCGAUGAGUAAGGGUUGUGAUAGCGUUGUUUCAAUGGAGUAAGACAUUCGAGGCAGUCAAAAUAACACGAUUAUUGCGACGAAACCCAAUAUGUCUCAGGGUAAAGACAACUCUGCAAUUCCACCCGAGUUAAAUGUACCGAAAAACGUUCUACGUAAAACCAAUAGCCGAAAAUUUGACAAUUCUGCACUGCCCGAUGAGGAGAAAAUCGCUGAGGGAGAUGAAAAGUAUGAUCCAGAAGACAGUAUGGUGAAGAGAAAAGGUAAAAAACGAAAAAUCAAGACUGAUACGAGGAAGGAAAACGGACCCAAAAAACGAAAACUCACUGAUACUGGAGAAGAAAAUUAUAUCGUGUACGAUUCUGAAAACGGAGCAGAUUCGGAUUGCGGUUCACGUAAAUCCAAAAAAUCGAAAUGUAGUAAGUCAAAGGGUAAUUCAACUCAAACUUCAGCUUCUGCAUCCACUUCUGCUGCUUCUGCUGCUUCUGCUGCUUCUGACACUGGUGUAACUGCUUCGACAAAAGACUAUGAAAUGCCAUCUGUCCAAGAAGUUUGCAGUGUUUUCGGAUUGAACGAUGUUAAAAUUCAGUACACAGAAGAUGAUUUUCGAAAUUUAACUACCUAUAAAUCGUUUUGCUCCCAUGUACGACCUAUUUUGGCCAAAGAAAAUCCGAAGGCGCCAAUUGGAAAACUGAUAAUGUUGAUAGCGGCCAAAUGGCGAGACUUCUCCAGCCAAAAUUGGACUACUCAACGUGCUGAAUCUGUUCGAAUCAUUACGACGAAACAUCAUCAAAGUAAUUCUAUCAGCAAAUCUAGUACUUCACCAGCAAUGCCAUCUGUGCAAGAAGUUUGCAGCUCUUUCGGAUUGAACGAUGUUAAAAUACAAUACACAGAAGCUGAUUUUCGAAAUUUAACUACCUAUAAAUCGUUUUGCUGUCAUGUGCGACCUAUUCUGGCCAAAGAAAAUCCAAAGGCAUCAGUUGGAAAAUUGAUGAUGUUGAUAGCGGCCAAAUGGCGAGACUUCUCAAGCCAAAAUUGGAAUACUCCACAAGCUGAACCUGACGUUAAUAAAGAAUCAGAUUACACUCCGAAGCCAAGUCGAUCUCGUGCAGCAAAGACUCCAGUAUCUAAAGAAAUGCCAAAUGACAACGAAUUGGUAAAUAUAAAGAAGCAGUUGACAGCUCUAAAGCUCGAAGUUCGCAAACAGGGAAAGCAAAUAAACGAACAGAAGCGUAUAAUUAAAGUUCAAGGAGAGCAAAUGAAAGAUCAGAAAUGUGCUAUUCAGAAAUUAGAAGAAAAAGUGUCCGUUUUGCAACAUGGGGAAAUGGCAACAUUCACUCAACAGCUCCGAAGUGGAAAAAAACAUAGAAAGAGGCAGAUUUAAGGAAAAAAUUUCACAACGUGAAAGUAUAUUUCGUGCGGUGUGCUCAUUCACGGUAUAUCAGGCACAGGAAAAAGAAACUUGAGGCCACUAGAAUCAAAUCUCUACUUCUCCAUUUUCGAACUUUUUGAGAAAAACGCAAAAAACCUCCCUAGCAUUUAUCGUAACAUAAAAUACCGAGGUAAUAUGUCUAAUAUUUUUGUACCAACAAGACGAUAGUGACCCACAUGUUUGUUUUACCCUACGCGUUGCCGUAAGAGUUCCUGGGCAGUUUGAAGUUAGGAGAAGUUGAGUUUUGUCUCCAACCAUACACUUUUUACAUCGUUUUAGGGCACUUAAUCAAAAAUUUUUCUAGUAAUAUGGUGAUAAAAGUUGAAGAAAGCUUGGAAAGUUUGAGAAAUUAAAAUAAUAUUGCAUUUUUGACCAUUCAUUUGGAAAUUGAAAUUAUUUUCCUUUUUUUUCAAAGUAAAAAAAAAUAAUUUUUGUUAAUAAAAAUGAAAGGUGUUUUUUGGGGGAAGGGUCCUCACUUGAUGAAUUUAUUCAAUUUCAAGCCUAAUUUCAAGGCAUAACACUAGUGUUUCAUUCGAAAUCCGCCAGGUUCGUUUGAAAACUCGACUUCUCCAUUAAAAAAGUAGAGUUUUGAUUCUAACCCCUAACUUUACACGCUGUUUUACCAUACUUCCUUGACCGAAAUUCAAAUGUUGACAUUUUCAUCAGAUGCGGGACAUGUUGUAGUAUACCAAACCAUGCUUAACUCAUUUUCGAAAAAAAGUGGAGAAGUAGGCAUUUGAUUCUAUAGGCCUCAACUUGCUCGAGCUGUGAUUAUGAUCGCCAAAGCAGUUAGUUACUUAUACCGAAAGUAAACUGAAUUUCAUUCGAUCAAAGCGAUGAAAUUGACGUGAUUAGCGGUGAACGUGAUACAGACGGCGUUCAACCGUUGUCUAAUUUUACUAUCAUCGCUGCCACUAAUUAACCCGAUCGGAUUGAUAGCGCUUUGCUACAACCCUGUCGUCGGUCGAUUAGAUCGAAAACUUUACGUAUCACUGCUCGAUUGCAAAACUCGAAGCGUUAUCUUAACCUAACAACUUUCCAAAACAUCAGUUAGCGAAGACGUAGAUGUCGAAGAUCUUGUGUUCUGGAGCAGAGGUCAUUGCUGUUCGUCAAAAAGCAACCAUAAAAGCUUUGCAAUAUGAUUUGAACAAGGAUUUUGUAAGCAAAAAGCUUUUUACUUAAGUACGCUCUCUGUAUUCUUAAACCUAGAACACCACCGUCACUUUUGAAGAUUUAUGAUACCUAAAUUUUCAUAGAAUAAAUAAAUAUCUAGUUUUGAUAGCGGUUUGUUCAUUAUGAGGAACUCUUCGUGGCAUGGGUACAAAAUUUAUACUAUGGAAUUUAUGUAAUGUAGAAAUUGUUUUUCUUCAAAACUUGAUUGAUGUAAUGUAACCGCUGAUUUGAAAAUUGAAUUAAAUCUCUGUUUGAAAUA